AGCAACACAAUCUGGCAACCGUAGACUCAGAGGACAGUCAGUGACUUUGACAAGAUGCAGCGGCUUGGCCUAAUGGAGUGGGACAGGCCUUUGCUCCUUUUUCUGCUCCUCAUGGCCUGGACGAGAGAUCCAAGCUUCGGAGCUGAAGCUGUAAUGUUUAGAGACCUUCCUAAAAGGGUGGAACUGGAAGACAGUGCGGAACCAAAUUCACCUGUGACUACCAUAGCUGCCUAUUGUACAACCUCAAUCUAUGAUGUGCCUCAUAUAUCCCUGAAGAGCAUCUACCCGGUUUCCUCUUUUUUCAACCCUCCAAUCACCUUAUCCACCGGCAACUAUCAGUUGACACUUAGUCCCAGUGCUGCUCUAGAUGCUAGAGUGGUGAACCUGUACACCUUAACAUUCACUGCAAAUUGUGGAAUAAGGACAAAAGUUGCUCAACUCUUUGUUCAAGUUAAUGAAGCAAAGAGAUUAGUGUGUAAUAAAGGAUAUACUGACAUAGGACGGCCGUCUAUACAAGUUUCAGAGGACGUUCGACCUGGAGAAACAAUCUUCACAACUGUUUUGACGAGGCGGGGCACAGGCAGACUGACCUUCAACAUUGAGGAUUCUUCCUUACCUUUUGUCAUAACUUCAGAAGGAAUCCUGCGGGCACCUGCGACAGGUUUCACUCGUGAACAAGCUGGCAAAACAUUCUCACUAAAAAUUGCGGUCACUGAUGGUGCUUCAAGAAGUUGCAAAGUGCCUCUGUCUAUCCAGGUGAACCCUGUUCACCAUAACAAAGUCAGUUUCACGGAAUCAUCAGUUGCACGUUCAAUACGGGAAAAUGUACCACCUUUGUCCGACAUUGUACAGGUUCACGCAAGUGGGGACAAUGUGCUCUACCAGAUCAUCUCCCCAAGCACAAACUCUUUUACCAUUGACCCAGUUUCAGGUAUCAUCAAGACCACUUACUACUUAGAUCUGAAACGCAAUCCAAGCUUAGCCAACACCCAGCUGGAGGUGAAAGCUUAUGAUAUACUCAAUCAUGCUGAUCAUGCCAGCAUCAUUGUCAACAUUACUGUGAAACAGGAGAACUUGGAAGGACCCCUGUGUUCUCCUGCUGUGUUUGUAACUGAAGUUCCAGAGAACAUUUCCGUUGGGAGGACCAUUUUGUCUCUGUCUUGCUAUGAUCGAGAGAGUAUGAAUAGCAGCUUGAAGUACAAUAUAGUUGACCAGAAUCCACCUUAUAGCUUUAAAAUGAAUGGCCCAAAUUUGCAGGUAAAUAGCAGUUUGGACUAUGAUUCAGAAAGUAUGGCCACUCUUAACUUUCAGUACCAGGCUACCAUUUUAGUGAUAGAUGAAGGAAGUCCUGCACAAACCACCACUGUACCUGUGCUGGUGACAGUAAGACGAGUGAAUGAAUUCUCCCCAAAGUGCUCGAAACUGGUGUUCAGUGUACCAGAGAAUACUGUGUAUGGAUACAGCAUUGGCAAUGUCAAUGGCACUGACCAAGACUAUCCAUUCAAUAACAUUGAAUACAGUAUAAUGGAUGCAGAUGCUGGAGUUUUCUACAUCACCACCUAUACAGGUCAGCUGCAUGUACUUUUGCCCUUGGAUUAUGAAGUCCAGAAAGUGUAUCAUCUGCCUGUCAUUCUAAAAGACCUGGAGAACGAAGCAGCUCCUGGCACCCAGAGAACAACAACAUGUAAUGUCACGAUUUAUGUGCAGGAUGUGAACGAUCGUCCUCCUGUGUGUAAAGAACCAUUUUUGCAGUUUUCCAUAUAUUCCACCCAAGCCAGAAAUAUAGAAGUCACAGAUAUUAAUUGUGAAGAUGAGGAGAGGGGAACCAAACUGGCCUACAACAUUGUUCGUGGCAACGUAAAUGGGCGUUUUCGCAUGGUAGGACAAACCCUUUUUCCUAACACCUUUUCCUAUAGACUUGAUGGUAUAUAUGAUCCUCUUGUUUUUGUGCUUCUGGUGGAAGUGACAGAUAGUGAUAUCUCACCUCGCUUCAGCACCACAGUCACAGUUGUUGUUAAUGUGAUCCCUUGGGCCACAACAGUACCUACUACCACCACAACUACUACGAUACUCCCCAAGAAACCGAUUGUUUUGCACAGAACUGUGACAUACUGGGCACCAGAUCCGUGGUUUGUGGUGGUUCUUACACUCACUGGAAUCCUCUUCUUUUCUGCCUUGGGUUUGUUGUUUUGGCAAUUUUGCCGGAGAAAAUCACCAGGAGAGAUAUCUCAGCUGCCGAACAAGAACAAAGAAGCGGGGGAAAAUUAUAAGGUAACAGAAGAAGCAAGGAAGCAGAAAGGGGAGGAUGUCACUGACUUGCAGAGUCUGGAACAACAAUUUGAUGGCCGGGCUCAAGACCCCAUCUCUGGCCAGUAUUACCUGUUUGACAGCAGCACUGGAGCACGGCGCUGGGUGUGAGCAUGAAGGAAAAUGAAGAGACAGCUUUCUGGACACCAGGAACUCUCUCUUGGGUAUCUGCUAUAUAUGUUGAUAAUGGUGGCACAACGGUAGCUUUCCAUUAGUUACAUGUAUUUUAAUAAUCAGAGGUUGCCACUUUCCUUUCUUCUUUUGCUAUUCUGGUUUCCAUGGUUGUUUCAUCGGUGAAAAGUUCUUUCCACUACGUCUUAUGGUGUCCCUAUAUCUGGAAAUUCUCCAUAUUAUGGAAGAAGGCAACACAUUAACCCACUUGUCCCUCCAUCUUACAAAGACAUGUGUCUUUGAGAAAUUGCUGUAAUAAAGGCCCUUUUAGUGUUGCCUGAGUACAGAAGAAUUGUAUGUGAACUGUAAAAUCUGGUUCAAAAACAAGGGAUAGCAACUGAGUUUAAUAUUAAAUUAUCUAUUUCUCUGGUUAGGCAUAUUCAUUUCUGUUGUAGCUCAGUGGUUCUGAAGUUUUGUGUCAUUUCGCAAUAUAGCAUCAUGUACAUAUUUCUUUCCUUCGAUUUCAUUUCUCUUGCUGAUUGUUGGGGAUGUUUGAAUAACUGGGAAAUAAUAAAAGAAUUACUGUA